UAGCUAUCCGCUCGCAGAAUACCAUUUCCAAGCCCAAACCCCGUUCUCGCCGCCGAUCGAUCCAUUCGCCGAAGAGAGAGAGAGAGAGAGAGAGAGGAAAGAAGAACAAGGAGAGGAAGGGAUGCCGACCGCAGAAGAAGCAGAGCAGGAGCGCGCUGUCUUCGAUGACGAGGACGACGUUUCCUCCGACAGCGACGACAGCGACGACGACGAAGGCGAGGCGACGGCACCGCCACCGUCUCUGCAACCCCAAGCGGCACCAACGGCAGUGUUUUCGGAGGCGGUCAGCGAUCUGAACCCCUCCGCCCCUUCCCAUGACGCUGCAAACCCUAACCCUAAUCCCAACCCCAGCCCUACCUUUUCCGAUGCUUCCGCCUGCGCUCCACCCCAGAACGGUGCGAUCCCGGUCCAGGUGCUUCCCGUCGCGCCCGCUUCCGCUCCCUCCUUCGACGCCGCCCUCUUCACCCCCUCUUCCACCUCAAUCCACGUCCCUGCCCCUGUGUCCUCGGCCUCCGAGGAGAGGAGGUCCCUCUCCGUCGUCGCCUUCGACGACUCCCGUCGGCUCUUCCAGCGGCUAUGGACCGACGAGGAGGAGAUCAAGAUCCUGCAGGAGUUCUUUGAGUUCACCUCGAGACGCGGCACCACUUUCGCCUCUCACCAGUACGACACCGGCCCCUUCUACGAGGAGAUCAAGAAGCAGUUCCAGUUCGAGUUCACCAAGAACCAGCUAAUCGAGAAGCUCCGUCGUCUUAAGAAGAAGUAUCGGAACUGCGUCGGCAGGAUGCGGUCCGUGGGGAAAGAUUUCGCCUUUAAGAGCGCACACGAGCGGGCUAUCUACGAUAUCGCUCGCAAGAUCUGGAGCGCCAGCACAAAGCGGGACUAUGAGAGUGAUGAUGAGGACCUUAAUACUCCAAGCAACACCAUUUCCAACGAGAUCAUUACGGUUCCGAUCAACGAUGGUUCUUUAAGUUGUGACAGAAAGAUGUCAAGAUCGAGAAGGCGCUUGAGAAGAAGAAUGGCUGAAGAGGCUGCUGCAACAGAUGCUGCGGCGGCAGUUGGGGGAGUAGUUGUAGAUAAUUCCUCCACGGUGUUGCACACGCCUCUAGCUUUGGAAUCUGGGAUACCAGACAUCAUCAAGGAGACAGUGAAGAACUGCCUCUCACCACUAUUCAAGGAGCUCAUCAAUUCUGCAGCUGGCGGGAUGCUUGGUCCAGGACUCAAUAGUGGGGCAUCGCCAUUGAGCCUUCUGCCACUGAGCCUUGGGGGUGGUUCCUCGGCAGCACCAGGGAUUGCUGUGGAUGACAAGUGGAGAAAGCAACAGAUUCUGGAACUGGAGGUUUACUUGAAGCGGAUAGAGCUUGUAAGGGAACACAUCAAUUCGACCUUGGAGGAGCUCAAGUCUGCAAGGAGCUGAUUAGAGGUUCUGCUAGAAAAGAUGUAAUUCUAAUCGUUGGAUCCUUGUGCUUUGAUUUGUGAUUCUUGUUUAUUUGGAUAGUACUAGAUAUAGCAAACUGCUAAGGUAACACUGCUUUUCUUCCUUGUAUUAAUCUCUAUCUAGUCUUAGUUCCUUUCAA